UCUUAUGUGACUCAGGAUGAGAGGGAUGCGCUAGCCAGUGAGCUAGAAGCAAUGGAGGACCCUAUGGAACAGCGAGAAAGGGAGGAGGAGCAAAAGUUGGCAUGGAAAUUGAGGAUGAAGAGGGAAAAGAAGAGGAGGAGAGAGGAAGUCAACAAACUGACCGCAGAGGUGGCGAAGGUGCAGGACUGUAGGAAAGAAGUACAAGCCCAGGCAGAUGAUAAGGCCAAAUGGGAUAAGGUAUUGGGGUACCUGGAGGUGCUGAGCACAACAUGGAUGGAGGAGCGCCAAGCUAGUUGGAGCCAAGAAGUAGCCUUGAGUGCCAUGCGGUUGGGAUUUAGAGAUUUUGCGCGCGAUAUAGUCACCCACAUUGGAGGCGAAGUCAAGCAACUGAGAGACAAUGUGGGGAAGUUUUGUGAGGGCGCUAUCGAGGGCGCCAAAGCGAUAGCCGUUGUAGAGGGCGAGGCCAAGCUUCGCAAGGACCCAGUUAAGCUUAAAUUCCCGGAUGCAUAUGGAGGGAAGAAGGAGGAGAACUUUGACAACUGGGAGGCCAGUGUCAACAGUUAUGUGUACCUACGACACAUCCUGACAGAAGAGCAAGUCCUCGUAGCUUUCCAGGCCCUCAAAGACGAAGCGGCUAGUUUUGCCAGAUCCUUUGGGCGCGCAGCCGGUUGUGAAAACAACCUGGUUGCUUACUCUAAAGUCACCCCCCUUUCUCAAUUCUUCAAGCUCCUUAGGGAGCGAUUUGCAGACCCAACGAGAGGCAUUCGCGCCUCUGACAAGCUACAAAUGAUCCACUCGCGACAGUGGAGGAGUGCGAGAGCACUCAAGGGCACCAUGGACGACUUGGUAGCCGUCCCAGACCAUGGGGUCACCGAGACCCAAUUGGUCCAGUUAUUUUAUCGUGCCAUGCCAGAGGCCCUGCGUGGGCACUUCUUUGAGAAGUCUCAACAGGCCGACAUCACUUACAAUGCGUUGAGUAGGGAAGUGGUCCUGUAUGAGUCAAAGUCCAUGCCAAUCACCACCUUCUGGCAUAAGGACCUGGAUAAGGGAAAAAGGUGGAAGGGUCGUACCAUCUCGGGCCAAAUCAGGGCCAAGGAUCACAUGAUCCUUACCUUAGAGGAAGGUGGUACACAUGAGGUCCCAUACAGUCAGAUCGAAUGGGGCCUUGAGGAGGAGGACAGUAGUGUGGGACAGGGGAGGUCCUGUGCUGCUGUCGCGGUUGGAGGGAGGCCGCAAAGUAGAGGAGGAGGCCAGGGCCAAAGGGGCCAGGCCAUGGGAGGCCGAGGACCGGGCACACAGGGGGUUGGGGGACAAGGGAACCGCCAAGUGGGAGUAGCUGAUCCGUCUUUGCCAUUUGUCGCCACCAUGGACGCGAGUCAGUAUGGUAUAGGUGUCGUGUUGCAACAAGACGACGACAAUGGCUAUAGACUCGUAGAGUUCAUGUCAGCGAGGAUGCCCUCAGAGAAGGUUGUUACCUCAACGUACGAGAGAGAACUCUACGCUCUCAGGCAGGCCUUAGAACAUUGGAAGCACUACCUGCUUGGGAGGCACUUCAAAGUGUACUCUGACCAUGAGACGCUUCAUUGGUUAAAGACUCAGGCCAAGAUGACACCUAAGCUAACUAGGUGGGCCGUUGAGAUAGACCAGUACGACUUUGAGCUCAAGCCAGUGAAAGGCAAGUACAACGUAGUUGAGGACGCUCUGAGUAGGAGAUCAGACUACUUUGGAGCCAUAGUACAUUAUCUGGAUAUAGGGAGAGACCUGCAGGAGAAGGUGAAACAAGCGUAUGCGCAGGACCCUAUCUAUAGCGACCUCCUAAAAAGAGAUAGAGAGGCCCCAGAGACCGAGCCAGAUUACCGCACUACAAAAGGAUUACUGUUUGAGAAGACUAAUGUAUUUGACCGCCUGUGCGUUCCCAACAGCGAAGAGAUCCGCAGUCUAAUCCUAGGGGAAUGCCACGACACUGAGGGACAUUUCGGUUGGCAAAAGACUCUAGCCAAUCUAAUGCAUGCGUAUGCCUGGCCAGGAAUGAAGAAUGACUGCAUAGAGUAUGUUCGCGGCUGUAAAGUUUGCCAGAGGAACAAAACCACUACGCGUGCCCCUCUAGGUCUUCUCAGAACCCUGCCUAUUCCUGAUCAGCCGGGAGACUCAGUGUCCAUAGACUUCAUGGACACCCAAGUCAAGAGUAGACAUGGUAAGAGCCAAGUCAUGGUCAUAGUUGACCGAUUUAGCAAGUAUGCAGUUUUCGUUCCUUUGCCUACAGAGGCACAUACAGACUUAGUUAUACGAAAGUUCUUUGAUUUUUGGGUUAGUGAGAAUGGAAUCCCAUUGUCGAUAGUUAGCGAUAGAAAUAGUCGUUUCACCAGCCAGAACUGGCAAGAACUCGUGAGAGUCUAUGAAUCUAAUUUGUUGAUGUCGUCUGGCCGCCAUCCAGAGACCAACGGUCAGACUGAACAGAUGAACAAGAUCCUCCAACAAGUUCUGCGCAUGUACAUUAGACCUGACCAGAUCGACUGGGAUGAAAUGUUACCCAAGGUAGCUAGCGCGUACAAUAACAACGUGCAUCUGUCCACCUGUCAUACUCCCAAUGAGCUACACAAGUCCUUUAGACCGCGCAAACCAUUUGAAGGACUGAACCGGGAUCAGAUUCACAGGCUACCGCCCGGUACCAGGGAGUUCGCAAUACACCACGAGAAAGAACUAGCAACCGUUGUAGAGAACCUCAGGAAGGCCCAACACAGAAUGAUAGAACAGGCUAAUAAGCACCGUCGCCCGGCGCAGUUUCAGGUAGGCGACUUAGUCUGGGUCAAGGCUAAAGAGUUUGCACCUGAGGAGAACAUCUCGCAGAAGUUACUGCCUGCAUAUAGAGGACCGUGGCCGGUUCUAGCAGUCAAGGGCGGAGAGGAUGGACCAUCCUACACUAUAGAGAUUCCAGCACACCUCCACACAUACCCUGUGUUUCAUGCUUCAAAGCUGCUGCCGUGUGUCACAAGUCAACAGCUCCCCUCAAGAAGAUCCAUGAUCCCCCCGGAUAUGGAUGGAAGUUAUGACAUUGACGGCAUUGUAGACGAAGAUGUCUUUAGAACAGGAGGUAGAGGUCGUCCACAGAAGCAAUAUAAGGUCCAUUUUGCUUAUCAGGAACCAGAAGACGACCGCUGGAUUACUAGGACAGAACUUCUAGAAACAGCUCCCGACAUAGUCAGAGCCUAUGAUCGUGAUAAGAAGGGUAAAGGUCCUGCCUUGGACUGAAAUAUUCUCGGAGGACCUCGAAUUUAGGACCGCGGGAGUGAAACAGUUUUCACCUUUUCGCAGUAGGAGAUGCAGUACUCAGGGUUCGAUCCCUAGACCUCACCCUACCCAUGUACAGUACCUGUGUAGACCCCGAGAGUUGAACCCGU